AUGCCGUGGGCGGCACAUGGGAACGGCAACCCCAUGUCGCCCAUGGGCAUGCACAACUUGCAAUCGCCCACUGCAAACUACAGCUACAACCAGCCGCCGCCCGCAGGCUACCACCAGCCGCCGCCAGCGGGCUACGGUCAAGCGCCGCAGAUGGGCUAUGGCCAACCACCUCAAGCAGGUUAUGGCCAGCCACCUCAAACAGGCUAUGGCCAGCCACCUCCCAUGGGGUAUGGCCAGCCGCUCUCACCCAGUGGUAUGGCGUAUCCGCAACAAGGCAUGCAACAACAAGGCAUGCAGCCCCAAGGCCAAGGCAACCCGAACUGGAAGGCGUCGUACGAGUUCAAGUUUUAA